AUGGAGAGAAGGUUCGGCGCCGAUGGCUGGGAAGAGGAAGCGCCGCGGCGGGUCAACGGGUUCCGCCGCUCGCUGACCAUGCCGGAGCUCGAACAGGCAGCGGAGGCCAUUGGCGGGCAGCGCAAGAAGUGGGCGGCGGAGGGCCUCCGCCACCACCGCAGCGACGAGAGCGACUACCGCCGCCGCGACGGCGGCGACGGCGGCAGCGGCGGAAGCAGGUACACGAGCCUCCGGGACCUGAUGAUGCCCCCGUCGUCACCGUCUCCGACGGCGGUGCCGCCGCCUUACUUCCCAAUUCGGAAUCGCCUGGUCAAGCACGCGGCCCACGCUUAUCUCCAGCCGAUGGCUGCUUCCCCAAAGCCCUCCGACGGCGAGGGCUGCUUCUCUUGGCUCUGCGACGGUUUCUCGGGCGGCUGGCUGAUUCCGGCGAUCCGCCGCUGGUUCAGUCGCCGGAAAACCCCCGCCGGCGACCAGUGCUGA